AUGAGCACAAACUGGAUUAUAGAGUCAGCAUUCCUCCAGGAACUUGUGAAACCGGUUCCCACCUGCCAAAAGGAAACAUUUCCCUUCCCUCUGGCAGAAGGGAUGAACAAAUGGAUGUCUGUGGUGUUUGUUAUUGUUGGCAGUAUACACAGUGUCACAAAUGCUGUCACCCUUACUGGCAUCCCUGCUCUUUUCCCAUCUCCAGGCCAAUCUGCUCAAUGCACCCACUCUUUGGAUAUAGGGGUGACAGGAAGUUGGGGUGAUAAUUAUGACCAACAUUUUAGGCUCUCUUUGGAAAAAGGGCUUAAACUCAAGUCUGGCUACUUCCUGCGGGCAUGGGGCAAGGUCAUGGAGGGGAGAGCUGGGUGUUGGUGGGUCCACAUUCAGUGGGAGGUGUGGCUGGAAAAGCAUCCUGUACACUGUCAUCCCAGAGAUGCCGGGCAUCUGUUUCUCGAGGGAGAGUUGAUAGGUGUCCUUGAUCCAGGAGAGUUGGUAGGUGUCCUUGAUCUAGGAGAGUUGGUAGGUGUCCUUGAUCCAGGAGAGUUGGUAGGUGUCCUUCAUCCAGAAGAGUGGGUAGGUGUCCUUGAUCCAGAAGAGUGGGUAGGUGUCCUUCAUCCAGAAGAGUUGAUAGGUGUCCUUGAUCCAGGAGAGUUGGUAGGUGUCCUUGAUCUAGGAGAGUUGGGAUUCCCAUCUCUGCAGAGAGAGGACUCCAGGUUUGAGGGCAGAGGCAAGGACAAAGUAUGUUCCUCCCCUGUCCCCAGCACGGCUGGCCUUGCCCCCAGCACGCUAUCCACACUGUGCCACAGGCUGUGUGUGCCAGCCAGGAGAGGGACAGCCUGGCACGUUGACACCAGUGUCAGGACUCAUGGGGCAUGCUGGCUUCUGCGGCUGCCUGAGGACAGGAAUCCUCCUCUCAGAGCUCCCUCUGCUGCUGCUCUUGAAGCUGCUUUGCCUGUUCCUGUUCUUCCUCUGUUUGUAGUGAUGAGGCCAGCACCGCUGCAUGUUUCUUCUGGUUUACGAAGACUAACCAGUCAUGCCAUUCCACCUCUCCUUCCCUCAAUGUCUUUCCUCUCUCCCCUUCCAGUUGUACUUCUGACCAUAUGGAUCCCUCCAAUGGCUGCCCAGUUCACCCACCCUGCCGACCUGCUUAGCAACACCCCCAGUGGGAGAGCUUCACUGGCCAGGCCCACCCUGUCAGUCAGCCAGAGCACUGUCAUAGAGCUGAGGGAUAUGGUGACAUUCUACUGUCACGCUGACGCUGAUAAUGUCACCAUCCACUGGACCUCCAACAACUCCCCACUAGCGUCGACUGAGCGCAUAAAGCUCUCUGCGGAUCACAAGAACCUCACCAUCCUCGUUGUCCAGCGAGAGGACUUGGGAUCCUACCAGUGUGAAGUGCGGUAUGGCUUUGAGGGUCAGAGCAGCGACAUUGUCUGGCUGAGUGUGAACUAUGGUCCUGACCCUGUAGCAAUCAAGCUGGACUCAGGCGUAGAGGCUGGGGAUGUGGUUGAGGUGCUAGAAGGCCAACCUGUGAACUUCAGGGUGGAAACGCAAUCUCGCCCUGCCUCUAACUAUACCUGGUAUCUCCCCACUGACUCCAUCCAGCCCCCCACCACGGGGACAUUCACCAUCCAGGCUGUGUCCAAGGAACAUGAGGGCAUGUACAGGUGCCUGGUGUCCAACAGUGUCACCCAGACGUCCCGCCUGGGUGUUGUCAAAGUCCACGUACUUGAAAAGUUAACUGCACCCAGUAUCGAGUUCCCAAUCCUGCCUCUUGUGGAGAAUGCUACCUCUGUGUCCCUGACUUGCAAAACAAGCCACCAGGAGGCCAGUGUCCAGUGGUUUCUGAGGAGUCAGCCACUCAGGCCCAGUGAUCGCCUGUUGCUGUCAUCUCAGAACAGGACCCUGAUCAUCCUUGGCCUCCAGAGGGACGACACGGGACCCUAUGAGUGUGAGGUGUGGCACUGGGGUAGCCGAGCUCGCAGUGCUCCCCUGAGGCUUGACAUCAACUAUGGUCCUGACCGAGUGGACAUCACUCCGGGGUCAGCAUCUGGAGAGGCCAGCACCAUCCAGGCGAUGCUCAACUCCAGCCUGACCCUGCAUUGCCGGGCUGACUCCAAUCCGGAUGCCGGGUAUCACUGGACCCACGAGCACUCCUCCACAGUGCACACUGGGGAGCGGCUGACCAUAGAGGCGCUGAGCUGGGAGCAUGAGGGCAUUUACAGCUGCACGGUUUCCAACCCUAUCACUGGCCUGGCCCGUUCUGCCUCUGUCCUGGUCAAGGUGGUGGGUCCCCAGUCAUCCUCUCUAUCUCCUGGAGCCAUUGCUGGCAUCGUCAUCGGGAUCCUGGUUUCCAUUGCUUUGGUGAUAGGAUUGGCCUAUUUCCUCUACAGCCGAAAGGACAGAUGGACCUGCAAGAGACCAGCCAAUGAUACUACCCUCAAGACCGCAACACACGCCUCUGUGAGGCCCCCAGAGUCCAGAUACAGUGACUCCAGGGCAAUGAUGUUGGAAGCCUGGGACUCUCCUGACUUAGCCCCAGGCAAGCCAAAGACUGCGUAUGACAAUGAGCUGAAGCCCCAGUGGAAGGCCAUUGGCAAAGAGAAGAAGCUACCUUCCGUAGCUCCUGAAGGUCCCAGGAAGCCACUGCCCUCAAUUCCAAUUCCGAAGCAGCCAUUGGUCCCCCCAGUAUCAACAGGAAACCCAGAAUCAAAUUAUGAGAAGCUGACGAGCCCAAACCUCAGCCUUUACUGCAAGAUUAACCCGUCAACCUAA